AUGUCAGGUGUCAACAAUGACCAUGGCGGUCACAAAGGCAAGAACUUCAACCCACAUCACAAGUCCAUCCAUCAUGGCCAAGGUACAGGACCAGAGUCGGCUUCCAACCACAAUCAAUCUUCCGGGGACUGGAAGAACACCGAAAACACUGGCGGCAGAGUCAAUCGGGGUGGUUACAAGGGCAAGAACUUUGACCCAAACUACCAUAACCGCUUUAAGAAAUUGACUCAUCUCUUUGAUCCUAUAGCAGAACUGCGACCCAGACAUGAUCUACCACCACGCCCAAGCUUUCAGAGCCAGUUUGACAAGGAAAUCCGCAACAUUCCCACCGGACCCAAGAGCCAACGAGUCAACUAUAACCACACUGCACAACGAGGUCCUCCUCCUCCUCGGCCCCAGCAAGACCAACAUGAUCAGAACCGCUACCACCACCGCAAGCGCAAGCUGGACCAAGACGCCGACCAGUGGAUGUGUUCGUGCCCGAGGGCACCGACACGGUGUCACAGCCAGCUGCUGCAGCAGUACGAGGACGACUGCCGCGAGUACCGCACGCAGCUGGCUGCGGGCGAGCACGAUAUCGAGGUCCUGGGAACGACGCUGCAGCGUUUUGCGCGCGCCAACCCAGAUCUCGAGGCUCAACUGGUCGCGUGCUAUGAGGCCGUGGAGAGGGAGAUUAUCGAGCAGGAAUAUGCAUACUUUCGCGAGUCUGGACCGGAGAAUACGCCGACGUCCAAUUCAGCCAGUUCAUGA